AACUACCUCAGUGCUGUGAGCUGUGAGGGGUGUAAAGGAUUCUUUAAGCGAAGUAUUCGGAAACAGCUCGGAUACUCCUGUAAACAGAACAAGGACUGUGAAGUUACUAAACAUGCCAGAAACAGAUGUCAGUAUUGUCGGCUUCAAAAAUGUCUGAUCAUGGGAAUGCGAUCCGACUCUCCCCGUGUUGCCGCCGCGAGCGAAGCGAGAAGAUCAAGUAAUGCAAGCAGUAAACGAAUUAGUGUAGAUACAGAGCUUAAUGGCAAGAUCGGAGUCAAGUCGGAGCUUUAUGAUUCUCCGACCCUUCUCCCAAGACGAGCUUUUAUCCCGGAGUCAGUUCAGUCUAGGGAGGAGGAUCAGGUUUCAAACCGAAGUGUCUCCGACUCCGGGUCCUCCUUGGGAGACUCCAACCUGCUCAGCCAGACCAUGGACAACCUGUUGACCAGGAUCCGGAGUAUGGAGGAGUCUAACACCAGCUCGGAUACAGAGGACGAAAUCAACUCUGUUAUUUCUGAUCGUCCUCUCCUGGACGAAGCUCAUUUAAAGUUCGAUCUGACAAUUCCUUCUCCAAUGCACUCCACUCCAACUAUUCAUUUUGUGUGUGAGACUGCCUCUAGGCUCCUGUUCCGAACCCUAAACUGGAUAAAAUCCAUCCCAUCCUUCAGUCUCCUCAAACUCUCCCUACAGAUAGAUCUAGUUCGUCAGAGCUGGGCCUCCAUGUUCAUCCUCGGCCUAGCUCAGAUCUCCAGACAGAUAUCCGUCCCGUCCUUGCUCAGCCUCGUGGUAUCCCACCAGCAGUCGAGGCUGGCCGGGGACUCCAGCCUCAACGUGAAGGAGGUUGCUGAGACGGUGUGUAAGAUCCAUGAGUACGUGAAGAGCUUGAGUAAGCUUGAGCUUGAUGAUUCUGAGUUCGGAUACAUGAAAGCAGUUCUACUCUUCGGAGAAGAAGGAUCAGGAGUAAACCGGCUCCAGGAGGCAGCUCUCUCCCAGCUAGAAUCCUACCUAGAGAAGGAAGGACGGGAUAGAUCCAGGUUUCCUCGUCUCCUCCUUCUCCUCUCACCCCUCUCCUCCCUCUCCGCUUCAACUAUAGAGGAUCUUUUCUUCUCCGGGAUUAUCGGGAAUAUAAAGAUCCCGUCUGUCAUCCCAUAUAUCCUGCAGAUGGAACAGACUGAUACUUCAAGUUCUGAACCUACUCAUAAUAUAGUUCCAUCCCCUAAACAAACUGAAUUUUUUCUUAUUUUAGACGAAUGGCACAUAGAUAAAUAUAUGCAUCAAAGUUUAUUGUAA